AUGGAAUCCCGCGGAGACAUUGUCAGCGGUCCGCCGAAGGACCGCCUGGCGAUUGCACGUCGCUCAAUUGGCUGUGACAGGGCAUCGCCUUGCUCGAAUUGCAACUCUGCCAGGCUCGACUGUACACACAGCACGAUUGCGAGCAAAACAACAACGAAUCCCAAGCAGAGGGUGCUGAUAUCAGCGCACUACGAACAGAAAAUCGACGGUAUUGCAAGGGCCAUCGACAAUAUCAACCUUCUUCUACGUGGGCUUGACGUAUCUCCGAAUAUAAAACAGCCCGACAAUAGCAGUUUCGUAAACCACCCGGCCCGAUUCGAUCUGGUGAAACCCCUGACGGGGUCUAUUCCCGUCUCUGCAUCUGUCAGCGAACCUCAAUGGAACUAUUCAGCGCACAUAAUCGAUCUUGUCAAGGCUGUUGUGGAAGGUAGUGGUGCGAGAUAUGACAGUUCAAAGGGGGGUGAGAUUAUCUCGUCGCUGAGAAGGCUUCUACAGACUCUGGAGUGCUCCGCUCCGCCUCCUCGCCUCACCGUCCCAGCAGUCGACCUCGCGAAACACUAUGCCAAUUCUCCUUUACCGCCCUUGGAAGCUGCCGUGGCAGUCUUGCGCUGGGCUAAAUCUCACGAGGGUCACAUCAAAACGACCUGGAUAAGUCGGAUACUUCCUCUGGAGAUGUUUGCCGAGAUCUGCCGAAAGGUCUACUUCGCAGUCGAGGACUACGAUGAUGUUGAUUUUAUCCUCGCCAACGGAUAUCUGUACUACAUGUUUUCUGAGCAUGUCAUCGUGUCUGGGCUCAAUAAGAACCGAGAGUAUUAUACACUAUGUCGGGAAAAUUUCCACAACGCAUUUUCACGGCUCCCGCUUCUCCUCUCACCGUCCAUGAAAGUCGUUGCUGCGCUGACGCUGGGAACGCUGGGAUAUCAUCGCAGUCACCCGCCGAGGGGAGAUAACGAGUCCCUCCUGGCUACCCAGAGACGUCUCUUUUGGACCGUAUAUAGGUUUGAGAAAGGACUCUCCCUUCGGCUUGGACGGUCAUCCACUAUCCGUGACGCCGACAUCACAUUGCCAAUAGACCAGACACGACCGACGAGACUUGGGAGAAUCCAGGGACAGGUUUACGAGCAGCUAUACAGCCCGGCAGGUCUGUCUCAGCCAGAUAAUGCAGAACGCGGUCGCAUGGCCGAGGCACUUGCCAAGGAGUUACGAGAAGUGGUCAACGAGACACGAAGUGAAGUUGCUGACGCCAUUAGCCAGUCCAGCGACCGUCAAGCUGAUACGCUGCGAGUCCUUUUUCUGAAAUUUGAUCUCGUCUGCGAAUCUGCACUACUGGCUUUGAUCCUCAGGGCCAUUCCUCCUGCAUGGCCCUCCCAAAGUGACGGUGAUUCAGACGACUGCGUUGCAGUGGCCCGCGAGGUUUUGGACAUGCACCAGCAAUGUAUGAUUGGUAUACGUGGCUGCACGAAUGAUCCAUUUCUAAUCGUCAGGUAUAUGAAUUGGGCCAUCUUAUACACCCCAUUCGUCCCGUUCAAUAUCCUCUUCACUCGUGCCGUCCACUUUUCGGACCUAGCCGACUUGGCCCGAUUAGACCGAUUUGCCGCCUCUUUGCUGCCUGAUGGAAGUCCCCCAGACUCUAUCACGCACCCUUAUCGACUGUACCAGCUUCUCUGCGAGGCUGCGCGGCUCUAUAUUGAGGCAAACAUGUCCUCUUCCACCUCUUUGCAUAUCUCCCCGGACUUGACUCAUGGCGUCUCAGAGUCCCGGGGCGGCUUCAAUCUCACCCGCUUUGGGGUGGAGGUAGGGACAGCAGGAAAUGACCCUGUAGGACCCGAUGGCCCUCAAAACUAUGGACUGAGUGAUUGGUAUCUUGAGAAUCAGCAGCUCAUGACCUUGCUAGAUGAGGACACAAUGUUUUGGCCGUCUACUUGA